ACACACACACACACACACACACACACACACAGAGAGAGAGAGAGAGAGAGAGAGAGAGAGAGACAUAAGUUUGGACAUAACAUGGAAGAUCAGAAGGAAGCAACCGUUUGAACAGACCAUUCUUCUGUUCCACUGUGUCUCAUUUUUCACCCCUGAACAGACGCCAUCACUGGGCAGCAGCAGGAGAAAAGGACGGAUACGGAGAGGAUCCACACCCAUGCAGAGAUGGAAGAAGAGCCAGUUUCAGGCUUUCACUUGGAACUGUCUGGAGAACGAGGGAUAAAUGAAAGAUUGGAGGAGGAACAGAGAGAACUGGAGGAAAGAACGACUGGUCGGGAGAGCAGGACGGAGAGCGAGAGACAGGACAGGUGGAGUGAUAAAGGAGAUGGCUCUCUGGCUGAUGAUGAAGAUGAGGAUGAUGAUGAUAUCGAUGAUGAUGAUGGAUAUGGGAGGAGUUUUGCUUUCAUUCCACUGGUGAAGAUUGUGACAAAAAAGGAUGAAAAGCAGACGGAGGGUGAUGGAGAUGUGAGCGGUGUAGACACGUGUGGUGGAGACGUGCUAGGUGGAGACGUGCUAGGUGGAGACACGAGAGGUGGAGACACGGGGGGUGAAGACGUGCGCAAUGGAGACGUGAGCACAAACUGGGAAAACACAAAGCAGACUCGUUGGAGCCGUUGUGAGUGUUGUGGUGAGAUGAUGAGCUCGGUGGUGUUUGCUGUAGUGGGUGCCGUCAUGUUUCCUCUCCUGGUCUGGGGAGGCCAUGACCUCUUGCCAUUAGACGUCCCAGUGGUCAUGAGCGCCCCCUCCAGGCUAGUGUACACACUGCGAUGUGCGCUGUUCGCCACCUUUCCCAUUAUACUGGGCGUGUUGGUUCACGGCGUGUCCCGUCUGAAGUUCAGUUCUCUGAAUCCUCUGUUUGAGGGGAAGCGAGCGAGUCGUCACACACUCGUCCACAUGGCCUACGUCCACGAUUCUCUCCGUCUCUUUCUGCUCUUCUUCCUGCAGCUCGCCGUGACGUCCACGUACCUCCAGCACCACACCCUCAAACUCGUCCCACUGCUCACCAUCAUCUUCGUCUUCGGCAGGUUGAUCUACUGGCCGAGUGUGUGUUUCAGUAGCAGUGUGCGUGUGUUGGGGUUCUCCCUCUCCUUCCUGCCAGUUCUUGCUCUAAUGGGACUCAAUCUCUACUUCAUCUCAACAGGAGAGGGGGCGGUGUUCAAUGUAGCUCCGCCCACCACAGCACCACCCCCUAAAGCCAGGUGGUGGGGGUAAACAGUAAACUUGCUAAUGAAUAACACACACACACACACACACACACACACACACACACACACACACACACACGGUAUGGAGAUGUACACUCUUUUGCUAAAAGCAUUGGGAAAUUGCUACAUUUGAUUAAAGCUGCAUCUAAAGACGUCCAGUGUAAUUAAACAUCUCCAGAUUUGUGGUAACAGUUUGGAAAAGAACCACAUAGAGCAGGAAAGGUCAGGUGUCCCAAUACUUUUGGAAAUAGUGUAUCUUCUAUUGAUUGUAAAAUACACUGAUAUCCUUAAGCUUUGAUCUUAAAUCUGAAUAUAAAAUGUGUGAAUAAAUGAACAAUGUCGCACUGAAGGCUGCAGAAUGAGUUCAUCCUAAAAGCUCUGAUUCAGUAUUUUAGUGUGUUUUUAUUUGCCUUGUAAAAUAAAGAAAUGUAAAAUGUGUAUGUUGCUCCGGCAGCUGGAAUGUAAGUGUGUAUUAUACUUCUCUUAUUGUUCACUUGUGUACUUAUUUUUGUGUAUUUUUGCUAAUAAAAUAGUGAAUAUA